AUGCACGUGCAUAAUCUUGAAUCUGUAAUGCGACCGUUAAUUCAACUUGGUAAAUCUGUUGCAAUAUUAACAACGGAUAAUGGACCUGAUUUGUCGGGUAAAAGUCCAUGUAAUAUAUUUAAUUAUGGUGAAUUAUGGAAAAAAUUAAAAUUAGAUGCUAUGAUUUUGAACAGUUACACACCUGGUAAUAGUCGUUAUAACCCUGUUGAAAGAUCAAUG